AUGUCUGAAUCUGAAGCGUAUAUCCCGCCUUCUGGCGUUGCCGAAGAUGGCUGGACCAAGGAUGGCAGAGCAACAGCGACUUGCUAUUGCGGCGAGGUGCAGCUCUCGUUCCCCGUGGAUGGCGAUGACCUGGUCGACACCUUCAUCUGCCACUGUUACGACUGUCGAAAGAUUACGGCCUCGAUGUACGCCUCCAAUUUCAUCGUCAAAGACGGCGCCAUCAAAUGGAUCCGCGGCGAGGACAAGCUCAGCGAAUGGGGCCAGAGCAAGACGAUUGCCACGGGCAACAAGAUGACCAACCGAUUCUGCUCCGUCUGUGGCACCCUCAUGGCCAGAGUCAGCAGUGGCUUCCCCGGGAUGAGCAUUCUGCGCAUUGGGACGGUGGACGACUUUAGACUGCACGAGACCAAAUUGAAGCCGAGGAUUGAGCAGUUUGCAAAGGAUCGUGUGGCGUGGUGUGCGGCUGGGGAUGGUGUGACGCAGAAGGAAGGGAAUUACUACACGGGUUGA